AUGGCUGCUCUUGGAGGAAGUGGUCUAACAUGCCACUUUCUCUCAGCACUCUAUGGGAGACUACCAUUGCAGCCUCUUUGUCUGCUCCUGGGUCCUGUACAGCCUAUUCUCUCAGGCCAGCAGACUCAGGUCAGUGCUCAUGCCCCAGACUGCCCUCAGACAAACCUAGUCAAGAAAUAUUUGGAAUUGUAGUGUGGCGGAUAUGUAGUCCAGCUCAACUUUCUUUUUAUAGUUCAUAAAUGUGAUAGCUACUACAAAAUAUAACCUUUGCAAUGCUUAUCCUCAGAUAUAACAAUUAAACCAAAGUUAUUACUAAUGACUUAUUAAUUGCUGAAGAUAAGCAUUAGACCCAGGGUCAAUAUGUUUGUAGAAAUGUCUAAUUUAUAGGUUUUAUAUUAGGAAAAUUAAGUGGGGAAAGCCAUGGUCAUUUUAUCUGCAGAUUAGGCUUUGUUUUAAAAAUAAUUUAGUUAGAGCCACAUUUAAUGUGAGUCCAGGUCAUGGUAACUUCUGCCUCUCCACCCAGUUUGGAUCACAAUUCAAAUGACACUUCAAUGGAUCCAGGUGGCUUCUUCUUUUUACAGUUCUGUAAUAAGAGGACAGACACUUUAAAACACUCAUAACAUGUUUUCCUUGUCACAGAAAUCUUAUGUAAACAGUAUUAACAAUGGCAUGUGUUGCACAUAGAAGGCUUAUAAAUAAACUGCAAUCUUUAAGUUUGGAUUCAAAUAUUGUUAAAUGGGUAAGGCAGUGGCUGAGUAACAGGCAACAGAGGGUUGUAGUUAAUGGAAUAUAUUCGAAGCUUGGACUUGUCACCAGUGGGGUACCUCAGGGAUCUGUACUUGGACCCAUUCUCUUUAAUAUUUUUAUUAGUGAUAUUGCAGAAGGUCUUGAUGGUAAGGUAUGUCUUUUUGCUGAUGAUACUAAGAUAUGUAACAGGGUUGAUGUUCCAGGAGGGAUAAGCCAAAUGACAAAUGAUUUAGGUAAACUAGAAAAAUGGUCAGAAUUGUGGCAACUGACAUUUAAUGUGGAUAAGUGCAAGAUAAUGCAUCUUGGACGUAAAAACCCAAGGGCAGAGUACAGAAUAUUUGAUAGAGUCCUAACCUCAACAUAUGAGGAAAGGGAUUUAGGGGUGAUUAUUUCUGAUGACUUAAAGGUAGGCAGACAAUGUAAUAGAGCAGCAGGAAAUGCUAGCAGAAUGCUUGGUUGUAUAGGGAGAGGUAUUAGCAGUAGAAAGAGGGAAGUGCUCAUGCCAUUGUACAGAACACUGGUGAGACCUCACUUGGAGUAUUGUACACAGUACUGGAGACCGUAUCUUCAGAAGGAUAUUGAUACCUUAGAGAGGGUUCAGAGAAGGGCUACUAAACUGGUUCAUGGAUUGCGGGAUAAAACUUACCAGGAAAGGUUAAAGGAUCUUAACAUGUAUAGCUUGGAGGAAAGACGAGACAGGGGGGAUAUGAUAGAAACAUUUAAAUAGAUAAAGGGAAUCAACACAGUAAAGGAGGAGACUAUAUUUAAAAGAAGAAAAACUACCACAACAAGAGGACAUAGUCUUAAAUUAGAGGGACAAAGGUUUAAAAAUAAUAUCAGGAAGUAUUACUUUACUGAGAGGGUAGUGGAUGCAUGGAAUAGCCUUCCAGCUGAAGUGGUAGAGGUUAACACAGUAAAGGAGUUUAAGCAUGCGUGGGAUAGGCAUAAGGCUAUCCUAACUAUAAGAUAAGGCUAGGGACUAAUGAAAGUAUUUAGAAAAUUGGGCAGACUAGAUGGGCCGAAUGGUUCUUAUCUGCCGUCACAUUCUAUGUUUCUAUGUAGCCCUCCUUUGCCAAUUAAAUAUAAGCACCUAUAGACCAGGACCUGAGCUACUAGUGGCCUACCCUACUCAUUUCACUAAUAUCCGUUUAAACACUUUAGCAGCAUAACUACAGUUUGGUAGAAUAGAACUGAAGUAAAACAAUUAAGUGAAAAUACAUUGAGUAUUUUUUGUUGUAUUUAAUGUUGUCGUACUUGCCACUGCUCUGAAUAAAUGUGUUAGGCAGGAUACAACUGAGUAACAUGCUCAAAACUGGUUGGAAGAUUGUGAGAUGUCACGAAAAAUGUAUUGCAAAUACAGUAAGGUAUAUGUAUUUUAGGAAAUGCAAUUUUAUACGUAAUUUGUAUCAAUACCAUUCACAUUUAUUUAUAUUUUUUUAAUCUUCUCUGUAUAUGUCAUAUAGCGCACUUUCACAAACUAUGAGGACCCAUAUUUUGAUACUGUCUUUCCCCGAAAAUAAAGACUGGGUCUUAUAUUAAUUUUCCCCCCGAAAAAUGCACUGGGGCUUAUUUUCAGGAGAUGUCUUAUUUGGGGGGAAAACGGUAGCAAACAUAUGCUAGAAAGCAGGUUUACGUUCAGGGGAAUACACCUGAACAUAGACCAGUUCACCUAAGGCAUGGAAUCCCGUAAAUCUAUGUUCAGGGGGGAAACAUUCCCAAACAUAGAUUAGCUUGCUCGCUAAUAGAAUAUUGCAAAUCUAUGUUCAGAGGAACUUUCCCAAACAUAGAUCAGCUUACUCGCCAAUAGAAUACCACAAAUCUAUGUUCUGGAAAACUUUCCCAAACAUAGAUCAGCUUACUCGCUAAUAGAAUACCACAAAUCUAUGUUCGGGAAAACUUCCCCGAACAUAGAUUAGUUUACUCGCGAAUGGAAUCCCGCGAAUUUAUGUUCAGAGAAAAUUCCCCGAACAUAGAUUAGAGAAAUAAAUACUAGGGCUUAUUUUUGGGGUAGGGCUUAUAUUACGGGCAGCCCCAGAAAAUAAGCUAGGACUGAUUCCUUUGUAUCAACAGCAAAAACAGAUGUGAGAUAGGCUGAACUUGAUGUACGCACGUCUCUUUUCAGGCUAUGUAACUAUUAUAUGAAAUAUUUCCACGGAAACUAAAAUGUCAAUGCUUAGCCAUUAUUCAUAUAGUGGUAGAAUGUUACAAAGCAUGAAAGCAAAAUUUAAUUUCAAACUACUAAUCUUUGUAAGAACUAAUAUAACAAAUGUUAUUUUUUGUUAUUAUUUGUGAAAUAAAAAUAUAAUAUGCACGCUUUCUUCAUUUGAUUUUGGGGAUUUUACAGACUAUAGCUGUGUACUUCCUAUACCUUCUAAAAUACAGUUCAGACAUUUUCCGUGUCUACUGUGCCCAAUCUUUUCGAUCUUAUAAUUUACUUGCAUUCUUAGUCAAGAACUAUGAGUAGUUCUGUUAUCAGUUCAGUACACAUCAUUAUUGGCGCUUCAUUUAGCAGUGCUCUUGCCAACUGCCUAAUCAGCUGGACGUUUAGCUCUGCCAAGUAACUGACACUGCAAAUAAUAAGCAGCUAGCUCAAACUUUAUGUCUUUGCUUGUGGAUAACAUUAAUGUUCUCAUGAUUGAAUCUUAAAAUUAAUAUUUAGCAUACCAGAGAUUAUUAGUAAAUAAAUGUGACGAGUCAUGCUCUUUACAAAGUGAGUACAAAUAUAUUAAUGCUGCACGGGUAUUUGUACAUGUGAAUGCACAUGUUCUUUCCGUGAGCGCUUAACGAAGCACUCCAAGCACCAUAACCACUAAAGACAAUCUUCUACAUAGGCAGAACAUGUUUAUUGUUUUUUGAAAACUAGACCUAAGCUGUGAUUUCAUUGUUACUAUUGUGUCUAAAUCUAUAGGCUCAUAUUGCAAGGUUAACAACAACAAAAAAUAUCACAGGUUGAAGGAUACAGAGAGACAAGUGUGUUGCUGCUGCCAAUAGGUAACUUGUACAAUUACUAGACUUGUGCAUAAAUCCUUUUCACCUGCGUUGAAUGAAUCACAUUCCUGUUAAUCUAUGCACAAACAAAUUGAUCUGUCACAUAAAUCCAAAAUAUAAAUAAAACAUCUUGUUUUGUUACAAUAUCCAGGGAUCAUUCAUGACAGGCUCAGGGCUACUUAUAUAUCAUAUAUAUAGGUUAUGUCACUUUUAUUUAUUAAAACAGUGCUGUUUAUUUAUAUUCUCUUUUCGUUUACAGGAAGAAAUCAUUCCUGUUUUCAGCUAUGUAUGCUGCCUUUAUAUUUGGUGGUCGGCACUUAAUGAAACAGCGAGAAAAGUUUGAAUUAAGGAAGCCCCUUGUCCUGUGGUCUUUUAGUCUAGCAGUUUUCAGGUAGGUCCUCUUGGUUUCAUAUCUCACUUAUUGUACAUAUGCGGGUCAGUAUGUCCUAGUGUUGUCCCAAUCACAUGCUGAAAGAAAGAUUAGAGAAUGCCAAGUAUAUAUACUUGUGUAAUAUUACACAUAUGUACGGCACAGUCGUAUGUUCAGACCAAGACACAUCACACAACUGUUUAAAUACUUACAUACUUGGCAUGUAAAAGCUGAACUAAUUGCAUAUGUACUGUAAUAAGGUACAGCUUAACGAUCUUCUGUGUUUAUGACUUUAAAAACCAAACAAAAAUAAUGUUUUUCAUACGUUAAAGGGACACUAUAGGUACCCAAAAAACUUUAGCUUAAUGAAGCAAUUUUGGUGUAUAGAUAAUACCGCUGCAGUCUUACUGCUCAAUUCCAUUUAGGAGUUAAAUCACUUUGUUUAUGCAGCCAUAGUCACAUCUCCCUGUAUGUGACUUAUAUGGCCUUCCUGAACACUUCCUGUUAAGAGAUCUAAUGUUUAAACUUUCUUUAUUGCAAAUUCUUAGUUAGAAUUUAUUAUCUCCUGCUCUGUUAAUAACUUGCUAGACCCUGCAGGAGCCUCAUGUAUGUAAUUGAAGUGCAAUUUCACAGCAAGAGAUAAAAACUUUUAAAGUAAGUUACAUCUGAUUGAAAAUAAAUCCAUUUUGUUUUCAUGCGACACCUGCUUUCAAUAUUCCCCAACCGUUCUGUCAUUUACACAGGACGCCGGCGAAACUACUGAAUUUCGCCCUUGCAAAAUGAGAACAGUUUAGUUUGUGCAUUCAUGUUAGGCUGUCAGCCAGAGCCAGGGUAGUUGUGGCCAGUGCUGCAUAAACAGAAACAAAAGUGAUUUUAUUCUAAAUGGCAGUUAAUUGAGCAGUGAAACUUCAGCGGCUUGAUCUAUACACAAAAACUGCUUCAUUAAGUUAAAGCUGUUUUGGUGACUGUAGUGUUCCUUUAAGUUAAUUUGGAAGCUCAUCAUAACAUGCCUUUGGUGAAUGUGCUGAUUAGUCUGAAAGCAGUGUUCUUUUUUUGCAUGAAUGACCAUUUGCAAAAUGACUACUUAUUCUAUGAGUAUUGCUGUUUAAGAAUUCCAGUGGUUCAUUACUAUUGCUGAGCAAUGCACUCUCUAUUACACUAUUUUUUUGUAGAGAAGUGAUGCUCCGGUUACAUUAUUUGCAUCUGUGGUUCUAUUGUUGCCAAUUAAUGACUGUAAAUCUUAUUGGAUUUCAAGCCUAAAGGACCAGUAAAUGAACUACUUCAUAUGGACAAUAUGACUUGUAUAGAUAAAGUAGAAAACGGUUUAUUUUAGACAGUAUAUAGUUUGAUGUAAGUACAUUUUACAGUUUGCGAUAAAUGACAUUUCUAACUUAAAGCUACACUGUCAUGGCCGCAUCCAUUUUUUUUUAACCUCCCUCCUGAUUCCUCUACACUUAAUUGCCCCCCUAGCCACCCCCAAAUCCUCCUAGGACUCCCGUAUUACCUAUUUUUUCAUCUUUAUUUUGUGCCUGGACCUAGGUCCUGGGGGCCGCCAUCUUUGUGUUGGCAGAUAAAGGCCCUGUGGGACACUUCAUUAGCCACACUAUGAAAUUCCUGCGCAUGCCGAGUUAAACACUAGGGCAGUCGCUAUUGUCUGAAAUUCAGAUGGGAAUUUCAUCUAUUUACUAAUUCGUCAGAAAGACGAAUGAAUGAAUAAAAAUUUCAGACAAACAAACACUGAAUGUCGGUGUUCAUUUUUUCAUUCGUUCAGUUUAUUACAAGGAGGGAGCUACCGGAUCGCAGCUCCCUCCUUGUAAUACAGUAUGUAAAAAAUAGAAGCAGCAGGGAGCAGUGUUUCCUGCCACUUCCUAAGCCCCCCAUGCCCUCCCUCAAUCUAUUGGGGUGAAUAUGACAAGGGGGGGGAACCUAUUGUUCCCCCCCGCCCACCUCCACCCAUGAGCGGCAGUGGGGGUCCUAAAAGACAAUGAGGGGUAGCACCUAUUGUCCUCCUCCUCGGCCCCCACCCAUGAGCGGCGGGUGGGAGCCCUAAAUGACAAUAGGGGGGGCCUAUAGUCCCCCCCCUGGUUCCCACCCAUGAGCGGUGGGUGGGGGCCCUAAAAAAACAAUGGGGGACCCUAUGUCCCUCAUUUAAUUAAAUAGACCCACUCACGGGGCACGGUUGGUGGCUCGGGGGGACACUAUUUUCCCCCUGCUAGUUAACAGAUGCCCAAACAUGGGGCCAUUUAUCUUUCAGCUAUCUACUAAGUGGCUGCAGGCCAUAGCAUGGAUCGGAAUUUCAUUCUUCUAAUGAAAUUUCGAACCAAACUAAAAUUACCGAAUGUCGUCCUAAUGAAUGAACAAACUAAACUGUUCUCAUUCUGUUAGGGUGAAAUUCGGUAGUUUCUAAAUGAGAGGACGUUUGGGAAUAGUGAAAGCAGUUAUUGCAAGAUCACGUGGGAAAGGGUGAGUAUUGUGGGAAAAUGUAUUUAACCCACAGGAAGUAGGUCAGAGCUGGUCAAGCGUAGGAAAAAUACAUAAGAGAAAGUAGUUCCUACUUAGUCUUAUGUUUUAAAGAAAACUAGAUUAGAUAGGGAAAAAAAAGAAGCACAGAUCCUGAGAGAGGGAGAGUAGAGGAAGCGAUUAGGGAAAGGUAAGUUCGACAUGACAGUGCCGCUUUAAGUGGAUAAUAUGCCAUUGGUACAUCAUUGUGACACCUGUGUUUAUGCCAGACAAAAUAUAUUUUUAGUUUACCUUUUGAGUCAGCUGGGCUUGUAUACAUUCUUCUCAGCUGCUUAAAUAGUGGAAUAAACAUAUACAAAUAUUUGCGUAUUGGUUAACAAACUCAUUCAUUCAAAACUGAUUGUGAUAGGGAACUGAGAUGCAGGAAAAAAAUAAGAGAAUUUGGAACCUUUCAUGGGGAGAAUGGGCAGUGAAGUAACAGCAAGGGGCGAUAGAGAUGAUAAAAGGUGAAUAUGGCACUUGGGGUCACAAACAUUUACCAUCACUGAUUUACUAAUAGUUAUAAUAGGUGUUCUAUGAUUGCAGAAUAAUGCACCCUGCCACACUGCAAAAAUUGUUUAGGAAUGAUGACAAAGAGUUCAAGAAAGGGCCGGUACGACCGCUAGGUUGAACUAGGCAGCCUCCUGCUGCCAUUUCUUCCCCUAGGGUGCACAGUCCUUUGGUGGGGAACACACUGCACAAAGCUCCCCUCCUGACGGUGACUCCUUGUAGCAUUGCCAAGACAUGGACCACAGUAGAGGAUCUGACAGGAAGCAGUUCAGCACUCCCUGCGCACACUUUCUGUCAGACUGAGUAGAGAAAACAGCCACGCUACAUGAGAGAGGUGAUCUGGCACAAUUGGGGUGGGGAGGAGAGAAACCACAAAGAGCCAAGGGGGAAGGGACAAUGAAGAUAUAGUGGAGGGGAAGAGAACCACAAAGGGAUAGGGUUGGGGGGAAGAAACCAUAAAGGGAUGCAGGGAAGAGACUACAAAGGGAUGAGGGGAGACCACAAAGGGAUGGAGAUGGUGAGCCCACCAAGGGAUGGGGGAAAACCUUAAAGAGGCGGGAGGGGGGGGAGACCACAAAGGGAUGGGAGGGGCCACAAAGGGACAGUGGGAACAAAAAUCCACAUAGAGGAAAAACAUCAGCGUAAAUGGUUGGGGGAAGAAAGACAUAAAAGUUGGCAAUUUUUGUUUUGAGAGAGGGUCAGUAUAAGUAGCUGGUCUUGCCUAAGGUGCAACAUUGUCUUGCACCAGCCCUGGUUCAAUGUGUUGCCUUGGCCUCAAAAUUCCCCAGAGCAUCUGUGGAAUGUGCUGGAACAACAAAUCUGACCCAUGGAGGCCCCACCUUGCAACUUUCUGGACUUAAAGGAUCAGCUUCUAAUUUCUUGGUGUCAGAUACCACAGAACAUGUUCAGAUGCCUCAAUGCAUCAGAGCUGUUUUGGCAGCACGAGGGCAACCUACACUAUAUUAGGCAACUAGUUUUAACGUUGUGGCUUAUCAGUGUAUGUAAGCAUACACAGCAUAUUUUAUUACGGUGUGCAAUAUAGGACUUCAUUUAUUUUUAAAUGGACAUUUCUUUAAAAAUAUCUAUACAAAAUGUAUAUAAAAUAUGAUGAUUUGUAUUGAAUACGCCAUCAUAAAAUAUAUUUAUUUGUAUUCAUGCAGGGAGCAUAAUCUUUAUUGAACAUAUGACCCUCAUUUAAAUUUUAUCACUGUUCAAUUUUCUGCUUUAGAUUGCACAAACGACGUCAGUAGAAUCUGUUCACCCAUAGGGAGUCGCAGGUUCAAAUCCUGGUAGGGUUGAUUCAGCCCUUCAUCCUUCAAAGGUACAUAAAAUGAGUACCAUUAAAUUUGGUAAUAGUAACAUCCCCUGGGUGUCAGGCAAAAGUAACAUGCCCAGGAGGUACUUGAAAACCAGAGCAAUCUGAAAGUACCAUUCCUGGUUAAAUGCUUUGUUAUUAUUAUGUAGGUUUAGCUGUAAUCAGCCAAGGACAGAUUUGCCUCACAAAAUACUCUGUACAUGUUUUGAGUAGCGUGACUCGCUGUUCUUAUAAUAGUGUGCCAAAAUCUUCAGGAAACACACAGAUGCCAUCUCUGAGAGUGAAACACAGUGUAUAAUUCAUAUAAUACCUGUGACGGAGCCUGCUCCGAUCGCACAAACAAAAUAGCUACUUCACACUCCUCCCUCAACCACCCUAUGUCCAUCUACUUUCCAGGCAGAAGUUCACCCAUUUACAACCACUGGGAGCUGUUCAUGUUGACAGUGAAAGUCAGAAUUGCACCAGCAGGAGAUACAUGCAAUCCACCUGUGGCAACCUGGUACAACUUUCUACAACUACCAUGGCUAUACCUAACCUAGACACCUAG